AUGUCUUUCCACACCACCUGCCAGAACAUCAAGCUCGGCCACGAAAACGGCUGCACCGUCCUUUCGGCCGACGUGCGCGACAAGUCCGGCCACCACAUCCACCGCAAGAUCCGUCUUGACGACCACAUCGGCAACACUGACGGCUGGUUCAUCUGGGGCGGCAGCAACUUCACGCGCAGCGCUUCCAACGUUACCUUGGAGCACACCGAGUGGGGCCCGAAGCUCUGUGCCGAUCUUCGCACGCACGACGGUGGAUCGCGAGGUCGCCAGGGUCUGAUGCUGGCUGAUAAGAUCGCCAACAACGACGGUCACUUCAAAUUCUUGGGACCUUGA